AUGCAUGUUUCGCAACUUAUGGAGGAUUAUGGCGAUAAUUCUGAUCCCGAACCUGAUUAUUGGACGCCUGAAAAAAAUGAUUUUCCGAAUAACGCUCUUUCAAGAUCUCAAUCUAUGUUAUCUGAAAAUCACAACAUUCCAUCAAAUUCAAUGACUGAGUUAACUACUACUACUUCUCUUAAUGUUCACCUUUCACCAUCUCCUGAUACUCUCUCGUUGAAUGAUUUUGAUUUAAAAAGAAUUAUUUUUUUAUUUAUGUCAAGGUCUAGAUCUAAUACUAUAAAUGAGGAUUCUCAUAUUAUAAGUUCACUUGUUCCUUUUCGACGUGGAAAUAAUGACAACUCCUGCUGUCAACGUGCUGAUGAAAUAAGAAGUCAUUUCGCUAGAGAUAAAAGUCUUUCACGAAGACAUAGUAUUACCAAUAAUCGUGCUGCAAGAAUGAGUAAAAAUGGUUUACUCAGACAAAUUACUCCAAAUAAUGUACCUAUGGAAAUGUCUUGUUCAAUAAGAUCUAGACCUUCAUCUCCAUUUAUUAUGAGACAUUCUCGAACUACUUCUAUGCAAACUAAGACAGUCAUAGG